GUGAGAGAGCGAGCAAAGGGUGUCGCAAUUCGGGUGGUGGGGGGGCUUAGGGGGGAACUGCCUGUGUUCUGCUCUGCUAAAACAAACAACUGGUGACACCAGACCGGGCCCCUCAACCGACUUUAUUCGGCUCUCGAGUUUACACCGCCAAUUGGAAGCAGCAUUCAGUGCAUUGCUUGAAUGGAAUAUUCAAGUGGCUAAGCAAACGACUGGAUUUAAUUGAAUUGAGUUAUGCAGCUGACACAGGUGAUAUGUCUGUGUGGCCUGCUCUACGCCGGGUGGCUGCCGAGCGGGGUGGUGGGCCGGAGGGGCAGGGGAAGGGGUCGCACCAAGAGCAGGGUGCAGAUCGGCCUGCCAAUCACUGGCAAGUACAGGGAUCCCGAGUCCGACCAGUAUUACAACAACAACAAUGGUGCUAAGAUACUCGAAGCCUCACAUUUCGACUAUGAAUACGUUCUCGGCCAUAAGAUUGCUUUCUUGUGCGUGGCCAGGGGGUCACCGAGACCACACAUCACGUGGUACAAGGACGGAACCGAGUUAUACUCUCAUCUCUACUUGCACGUACACGAGUGGCCAAUAGGAAAAGACAGAGUGAAAUCCAAGUUGGAGAUAGAUCCAGCCACUCAGAUGGACGCAGGUGUCUACGAAUGCUACGCUGACAACAUGUACAGUAUAGACAGAAGAAGCUUCAAGACUGAUUUUAGCAUAGCAUUUGAUUAGAAACUGAUAUCAAGGAAAUAUGCACAGGAUCGUGCUUUUAUUCUCAAAGUAUUUAAAAUUGGAGAAAUUGAAAAAGUGAAGUGAAUUGAAUAUCACGUUUACUUUCACAUAAUAGAAAGUAGGUGAUCAGAAAUUCAUAAUAUCAAUAAUCAUAAUUAUUAAUAGCAUAAUUUGUUUGUAAUGGUGAUAUAAAUAAAUAGAGUUGUAGUAUUUGAAUCUCAA